UAUAGUUGAAUUAAUAUGAGGUUGCAGUGCGCACAAGGCGCGGUCUUUUAAUUUAAUUGUGUUAUUCAGCAGGGGAUAAAGAUACAUUUGUUUUCAAAGUGAUUAUUGUUAAGUGAUUUCGAAGGGGAGUUUAAAUAAGAUUUGCGCCAAACACCAUGAAUUAUACAUUCCUAGCAUUAAUCGUAACUCUUCUUCUUGGAAUAAUAACUUACCUAAAAUGGAAACUGCGCUAUUGGGACAAGAUAGGUUUGCCUACCAUCCCUCCAAAACUGCCAUUUGGUAACCUUACUGAAGUAAUUUUUGGACGCAAAUCAUUUGGCGAGCAAUUUGUUGACUUUUACCAAAUACUUAAAGCCAAAGGUUGUCGUCAUGGUGGUGUUUAUUUCGGAGCCUCACCUCUUUACAUACCCGUUGAUCCCGAAAUUGUCAAACAUAUCAUGCUGGUAGAUUUUCCACAUUUUUCCAGUCAUGGUGGUUAUGUUGACGAAGAGAGUGACCCUCUUAGUGGACAUUUAUUUAACUUAGACGAUAUAAAAUGGAGAAACUUGAGGGUUAAACUAACCCCGACUUUCACUUCCGGAAAAAUGAAGAUGAUGUUUCAAACUUUAGCAGAAGUUAGCUACAAUUUAAAAAAUGUACUGGAUGAAUGUGUGAUUACUAAAACGCCUGUGGAUGCCAGAGAUGUGUUAAGUCGAUUUGGAGUUGACGUUAUUAGUUCUGUAGCUUUCGGACUCGAAUGUGACAGUCUGAAAGACCCAAAUACUUCUUUCAGAAUGUAUGGGAAGAAAGCAGUCGAUUUUGAUAUUUGGGUUAGAAUAAAAAUUUUCAUGCAAGUGAUAUUACCCCACUGUUUUUUAAAAGCCAUAGGUCAUAAAUUUACAAAAACAGAAGUCGAACAAUUUUUUAUGAAAAGUAUUCGCGAAGUGGUUGAGUAUAGAGAAAAAAACAACAUUUAUCGAAAAGACUUUAUGCACUUACUUAUCCAGUUAAAAAAUCUGGGAACUGUAACUGAUGACGGUCAGAUAUUGGAUGGAGUCAGUGGAAGUAAAGAAUUUGGUUUGACCAUGAAUCAAGUAGCGGCACAAGCUUUUGUAUUUUUUAUGGCUGGUUAUGAAACAUCCUCAAGUACAAUUACAUUUGCUUUGUACGAAUUAGCAUUGAAUCCUCGUAUUCAAGACAAGUUAAGAGACGAAAUUAACACAGUUUUGGCCACAUACGACAACAAACUAACUUAUGCGGCUAUAAUGGAAAUGACAUACAUGGAGAAAGUCAUACAAGAAACUCUCCGAAAAUAUCCACCGCUUCCAAUAAUAAUGCGAUUGUGCACAAAAGAUUAUAUAGUACCGGACACAGAUAUAGAAAUAAAAAAAGGCGUAGGUGUGAUGAUUCCAGUUUUAGGUUUGCAAACAGAUCCAGAUUAUUUCCCGGAUCCCGAAGUUUUUGAUCCGAAUCGAUUCUCCGAAGAAAAGAAAAAAGAAAGACCUGGUUUUACAUGGCUUCCUUUUGGAGAUGGACCUCGAAUUUGCAUUGGAAUGAGAUUUGGUAUGUUGCAAAGUAAAGUUGCGUUAACUACGUUUAUAAGAAAUUAUCGUGUCAAAUUAAAUGAAAAAACCAAAAUGCCGCUAAAGAUAGACAAGGGAUCUUUCACGACGAGAGCAGAAGGAGGCGUUUGGCUGAAUCUUGAGAAACUAAAUUAAAUACUUAAACUAUACCAACGUUAACGUAACGUUAAAUUGUUGUCUAUUAAUUCGAUAUAAAUAUCUUAUAUUAUUAUUAUUAAUAUUAAUAUUAUUUUGAAUAGUUCAAGUGCAUGCUAGACCUUUGUAUUUUUUCUUUUAAUAAAACUAUAAGC